CAAUUGUUUUCAAAACAUCUUUCGCAGAAUCACUCAGGAGGCAGAAACGAUGUACGAGUUCUUGAGUAACAAUUGCACAUGUACAUAUGUCUUGGGUGCGUUUGUGCUGCUAUGGGUUCUGGUGUGGUUCUACCGGGACAACUUGGAGAUCACCAAGGUGUCGGAGAAACACGUUUUUGUGACCGGUUGCGACUCUGGGUUCGGAUACCUACUGUGCAAGUGCCUGGACAAACGUGGUUUCCGCGUCCUAGCUGGGUGUUUCACAGAAAAGGGAGCAGAUGAUCUGAAGAGCGCGACAGGACCUUACCUGAAGACCUGCAUCUUGGACGUGACCAGCACGGCCAGCAUUCAGAAGGCUUUGGAAUGGACCAUAAAAGAAGUUGGAGAUAAAGGACUUUGGGGUCUCGUGAACAACGCAGGACGCUCCCUUCCCAUGGGUCCAUCAGAGUGGAUGAAAAUCGAAGACUUCCAAAGCACGCUUAAAGUCAACAUGACUGGCAUGAUCGAGAUGACCAUGGACUUCUUGCCUCUUGUCAAAAAGGCCCGUGGACGAGUGGUGAAUGUGGCGUCAGUGUUGGGAAGAGUGGCAGCUAACGGCGGAGGAUACUGCAUAUCAAAGUUCGCAGUGGAGAGCUUCUCUGAUUGUCUCAGGAGGGAUAUCCAAAAUUUUGGGGUCAAUGUGUGCAUCAUUGAACCUGGUUUCUUCAAGACUCAGGUGACUAGCUUAGAGCCCAUCGAGAAGGAACUUCAUCGCCUCUGGAACCAACUGACCCCUGAAGUGAAGGAGAGCUAUGGAGACAAAUACUUGGAUAAAUACAUCAAGAUCCAGAGGCUGAUCAUGAACACCAUAUGCGACUCUGACCUCAGUAAAGUGACCAACUGCAUGGAACAUGCCCUGCUGGCCGUCCACCCAAGAACACGCUACAGCGCAGGCUGGGACGCCAAGCUCUUGUGGAUUCCCUUGUCUUACAUGCCUGCUUGUGUUGUAGAUAUCGCGCUGAAGCUGGUGUUGCCAAAGCCUGCAAAAAGUGUCUAGAUUUGGAAGUAAUCUUAGGCCACAUAUGUUUAACUCUUAUCUUUCAUUUCCCUCUUAUGAUACACUAUAGAUACUCUAUUUUUGGGUCUUACUAAUGGCGCUUUUCCACUGCAUGUUACGGCAUGGUACGGUUCACUUUUGGGGGGUUUUCUACUGGGUACAGUACCUGGUAUGUUUUUUAGUACCA